AUCAUGCCCGACAAAUUUAUUAGAGUCCCUUUAGGAAUUGUCAGCCAGAGUGCAUUGAGUACAGUAUUGCAGAGUACAGCAUUUGGAUUUUCAUAAGGUGUUCAACAACAUGCUACACAAAAAGUUACUUUGCAAGAUAACAGCCCAUGAUGUGGAUAGGGAGGAUUGGCUUGCUCAUAGGAAUAAGGGGGUCAUUUUCACAUUGGCAAUCUGUAACCAAAGAAUCAGUACAAGGAACAUAAUCAUUUACUAUAUUAAUGAUUUACAGGAAGGAAGAAAAUGUACUGUAGCCAAGUUUGCAAAUGAUGCAAAAGUAAGUGGAUAGGAAAACUAUGAGGAUGAUACCAACAAUUUACAGAGAGAUAUUGAUAGGUGAGUGGGCAAAACCUUGGCAGAGUAUAAUGUGGGAAAAUCUGAAAUUGUUCACUUUGGAAGAACGAUAAGAUUAUUAUUUGAAUGGAGAAAGAUUGAAGAAACCUUUAACACAAAGGGACUCUUAUACACAAAUGAUUCUCAUACAUGAAAUGCAGGAAGUUGGCUCACAGCUGCAGCAGGGUAAUUGGGAAGGCUAACAGAAUCCUGGCCUUUAUUUAAAAGUAGUUACAUAAAAGUUGGGAAAACUACUCUCAAAACUAAAUCUGUCACAUAUAGAGUACUGUGAACAGCUUUGGUCCCCUUAGUUAAGGAAAAAAAAAGAUAUUAUUAUUGGAGACAGUUUACAGAAGGUGUACUAGGAAGGAGGGAUUGUAUAAUGAAUGGGCUGGGUCUAUAGUCACUGGAGCUUAGAAGAAUGAGAGGCACUUUUAUUGAAGCAUAAAUGGUUCUAGGGGCUGGAUAAAUGCUGGGAGAAUGCAGCACAUCCGUACAGCUGCCUCACAGUGUCAGACAUCCCGAUUAAUCCCUGACCUCUGCUGUGUGGCGUUUGCAUUCUCUCCCUCUGUGACUUCGUGGGUUUCCCCAGGGGGUCCCGGUUUCCUCCCACAUCCCCAAAGGAAAGUUGGGUCAACUACGACCUUGCCGACCGGCCGAGGAGGAUCCAGGGCUGACCGGCCAACGCCUCUUCCUCUUGGGUCUUGUGAUCCAACAGCACAGACGGUACCGAGAGGGGACAUCCUGACCUGAUCCAUGUCGUUAGAUUGUGCUCCUAUGUUUCCCACAGAGGACAUACACGCCCAUCUUUGAAUAUUUUAAAGCAGAGACGGAAAGAUUCCGUUAAGCCAAGGUUAUCGCGGCGCACAGGGUUUACUCCCCAAUCAGAUCAGCCGUGAUCUUCCGCGACUGCAACAGCCGGCGUGCGAGGUCGAGCGGCCUUCACCUCAGCAACGGCUCCGCCCAGCUUCGCUCUCCGUGCGGAGCUGAGCCUCGUCGGCCGCCGUCGGAUAAGUGAUCAGCUGAUCGCCGGCGCGGCGGCGGGGAAGGAGUGGGCCGCUGGUGACGAGGUGCGGGCCCGGAGCGUCGGCCGCCACCGGGCCGCGGGAUGGCAGCGAUUGUCAAAGAGACCCAGAGUAUAAAGCAAGCAGUAGUGUUGAUAAAUGGGCUGGAUACUGGUAAAUUUCCACGACUACUGUCUCGCAUUCUUCAGAAGCUUCACUUGAAGGAUGAACAUUCAUUUAAUGAAGAAGAAAAAGAAAAACUUCAAGCAGCACUCUCUCUGGAAAAACAUGAACCGCUGGUGUUGGAAACUGUAUCUUUUAUCUUGGAACAGGCAGCCUAUUAUAACGUGAAGCCUGCUGCUCUUCAGCAACAAUUGGAAAAUAUCCACCUGAAUCAGGAGAAGACAGAGGCUUUUGCCCAGGCCUGGACAAAUAUGGGCCAAGAUUUCAUUGAAAAAUUGAGGCAAAACACAUUUGCUCCAAGAAAGCUUGAAAAAAUUGGAUGGUGUCUUAACCUUGAAAUGGGGCAGUCAACGCAAGCCAAAAUGAAGUCCCCUCAUGCUAUUCUUGAACUUGGAAUAAACAGUGAAGACUCUGAGAAUACAGAAAACAUUUUUGUGGAGUUUAACCAUAGAGAACUUCUAGAUUUUUACAAUAAGUUGGAAACUAUUCAAGCACAGUUGGACUCUCUUACAUGAACAAGAUGUACACAUCUGUGGGAAGCACACUUGUCAACUGCAAAUUUAAUAAUUAAGAAGUUUUCAUUACAUAAUACAUGCUGCAGAAAUCAAACUGUUUCCAUCAAGUUAUGCGGCAUUGCUACGACGUUACCACUUUUUGAUAUCUACACCAGUCAAUUUUUCUUGGCUUUCUCUACUUGUUACUGAAAAUUCAGUAGCACUUGAACUAAAUGCUGAUAGACCAAAAGGUGCCCUCAAUUGAUUCAGGCUUAUUGACUGCAUUUUAGGAUGCAUUGAUGUUCUGACCGUGAUGUGAUUUUGGAUUUAUCCUCUGCCAGAUUUAGAAAGGAUAUAUUUGAUUCAAAAAUACAAAUAAAAAUUGUAGCAUAGCUUUAGGAAAGAUUGAACAACAAUAAUGACUUUAACAUUAUUUGAUAUUGUCUUUUGCAGCUGGAUAAUUCAUGGGACUACUCUUUUAUUUUCUCUUUGUGUUGCAGUCUAUUGACAAUUUUGACUGUAUAAACCUGUAUUUGAUAUUUAUGAAUUUCAAGCUAUUAAUACAGAAAUCCUUCUAUAGAAUUGCACUUAAAGCUAUGUCAUUUUUUUGUUCUUGCCACAUUUUCCAUAUUGUAUGUGUUGAAAACUAAACAACAACCGAGAUAUGUUGCAUGCUAUGUCAUUGUUUAUAUUGCCAGUUGAAUUAAAGUGUCAGAACAAACCUGUUAGUGGACUCUAAAUGUUCAUGGAAUUUCAGGCUAAAAAUGAAAGGAUUGAAAUGGAAUCAUCUGCAUACAUUAAAAUAAAUAUGUAAAUGUUGAA